UGUUGGGUUGUACCUCUGAUGUCCCCAAUGUCCCCAAAGCCCCAAUGUCCUGCUGUCCCUCACUUGGUGACGGUGAUGGGCACGCAGUGCCAGGCGUUGCUCAGGACCCCUCUCAGGUUCCAGAUGGGCGCCACGGUGUCGGGCUGGACAUUGUAGCUCUGAUGUCCCUGGUGUCCCCAAUGUCCCUGCUGUGUCCCCAAUGUCCCCAAAGCCCCAAUACCCCAAUGUUGGAUGUCGUACCUCUGGUGUCCCCAACGUCCCUGCUGUGUCCCCGAUGUCCCCAAUGUCCUGCUGUCCCUCACUUGGUGGCAGUGACGCUGACCCUGUGCCAGGUGUUGCUGAGGACCCCUCUCAGGUUCCAGAUGGGCCCCAUGGUGUCGGGUUGUACCUCUGAUGUCCCCAAUGUCCCUGCUGUGUCCCCAAUACCCCAAUGUCCUGCUGUCCCCAAGGAUGUCCCUCACCCUCAGUGUUGGGUUGUACCUCUGAUGUCCCCAAUGUCCCCAAUACCCCAAUGUCCUGCUGUCCCCAAGGAUGUCCCUCACUUGGUGACGGUGACGGGCACGCGGUGCCAGGCGUUGCUGAGGACCCCUCUCAGGUUCCAGAUGUCCCCAAUGUCCCUGCUGUGUCCCCAAAGCCCCAAUACCCCAAUGUCCUGCUGUCCCCAAGGAUGUCCCUCACUUGGUGACGGUGACGGGCACGCGGUGCCAGGCGUUGCUGAGGACCCCGCUCAGGUUCCAGAUGUCCCCAAUGACCCCAAUGUCCCUGCUGUGUCCCCAAUACCCCAAUGUCCUGCUGUCCCCAAGGAUGUCCCUCACUUGGUGACGGUGAUGGGCACGCGGUGCCAGGCAUUGCUGAGGACCCUGUGCAGGUUCCAGAUGGGCCCCACGUUGUCAGGUUGUACCUCUGAUGUCCCCAAUGUUCCCAAAGCCCCAAUACCCCAAUGUUCUGCUGUCCCUCACUUGGUGACG